AUGGCUGCAUCCAGUGAAAGAUGGAUUGAGCGUCUUCAGUUCUCCUCAUUGUUCUGGCCUCCCCCACUAGAAGAUCAACAAAGAAAGGAUCAAAUUGCUGCGUAUGUCGAAUACAUUGGUCAAUUUACAUCUGAACAAUUUCCUGACGAUAUUGCUGAGCUGAUCCGCAACCAUUAUCCAUCAAAAGAAACGCUCCUCUUUGAUGGUGUUUUGGAGCAUGGGCAUGCUGUUGUGCUUCCAAUCAUUUCAUGUAUUAUUGAUGGUACGCUGGUCUAUGAUAAGACUAGUCCUCCAUUUGCUUCUUUCAUUUCUUUAGUCUGCCCAAAAAAUGAGAAUGAAUAUUCAGAACAAUGGGCUCUGGCAUGUGGAGAAAUUUUGCGUAUUUUAACUCAUUACAAUCGCCCCAUAUACAAAAUGGAAAGAAAAUAUUGUGAAGCAGAAGGAAGCAGUGGUGAAAACCAUGCAAUGACUAAUGAUUCCGUGGAUGGGGAGUCUGGCCAUAAUUCUUUGAUGCAGCAGGAGAAGAAACCUAUAAGACCCUUGUCCCCUUGGAUUACUGAUAUAUUAUUGGCUGCACCUUUAGGCAUUAGAAGUGACUAUUUUCGGUGGUGCAGUGGUGUUAUGGGUAAAUAUGCCGCAGGAGAACUCAAGCCACCUAUGAUUGUUUCUGCUCGUGGUUCUGGGAAGCAUCCUCAACUCAUGCCCUCAACUCCAAGAUGGGCAGUUGCUAAUGGUGCUGGUGUUAUAUUAAGUGUUUGUGAUGAUGAAGUUGCUCGUUAUGAGACUGCUACUUUAACAGCAGCUGCUGUCCCUGCACUACUACUUCCUCCUCCAACAACAGCUUUGGAUGAGCAUCUUGUUGCUGGAUUACCAGCUCUAGAACCUUAUGCACGUUUAUUUCACAGUUAUUUUGUUGCCCCUGGAAUGCAUUGGCCUGAGAAAAUUGAUAUACCAAAAUUGUCUAGAUAUUAUGCCAUUGCGACUCCUAGUGCAACUCAAAGACUGCUUCUUGGGCUGUUAGAAGCACCCCCAUCAUGGGCUCCAGAUGCACUUGAUGCUGCUGUGCAGCUUGUAGAGCUUCUUCGUGCUGCCGAAGAAUAUGCUUGUGGAAUAAGGCUCCCUAGAAAUUGGAUGCAUUUUCAUUUCUUGCGUGCGAUAGGGACUGCAAUGUCCAUGAGAUCUGGUGUAGCUGCAGAUGCUGCAGCUGCAUUGCUUUUCCGAAUACUUUCUCAGCCUGCUUUACUUUUCCCUCCAUUAAGGCAAGUUGAUGGAGUCGAAGUUCAACAUGAACCUUUGGGUGGCUAUAUUUCUUCCAACAAAAAGCAGAUUGAAGCUGCUGCUGCUGAAGCCACUAUUGAAGCUACAGCCCAGGGCAUUGCCUCAAUGCUUUGUGCUCAUGGUCCAGAGGUUGAGUGGAGAAUUUGUACCAUAUGGGAGGCUGCUUAUGGAUUGAUUCCAUUAAAUUCCUCAGCUGUUGAUCUUCCAGAAAUUGUGGUCGCAACACCACUUCAGCCUCCCUCACUCUCAUGGAAUUUGUACAUACCCCUACUCAAGGUUCUACAGUAUCUUCCCCGUGGAAGUCCGUCUGAAGCAUGUCUCAUGAAAAUAUUUGUUGCUACAGUGGAAGCUAUUCUUCAGAGGACAUUUCCAGCUGAGUCGAUUAGUGAUCAAAAAAGAAAAACAAGAUAUUAUUUUUUGGGCUCUGCCUCUAAAAACCUUGCCGUGGCAGAACUUCGUACUAUGGUGCAUUCACUUUUCUUAGAAUCAUGUGCAUCUGUUGAGCUUGCUUCACGCCUACUCUUUGUUGUCUUAACUGUUUGUGUUAGUCACGAGGUCCAAUUCAACGGAAGCAAAAAACCAAGAGGUGAAAAUAAUUAUUUGGAGGAAAUGAUUGAGGAUUUACAUGCACUUUCUGAAAGGCAGAAAGAAACAAAAAAUCCGAAAAUGAAAAAGCAAGGUCCUGUAGCAGCAUUUGAUUCUUAUGUUCUGGCUGCCGUUUGUGCUCUUGCCUGUGAACUUCAGUUGUUCCCUAUGGUUUCGCGAGGAGACAAUCGCUCAGUCCCCAACAAUGUAGAAAAGAAAACCAAGCCUGUGACAAUAGAUGGAUCUUCCCAUGCAUUGCAGAGCUGCCUAGAUUCAGCAAUAUACCACACCCACAGAAUUUUAGCAAUUUUAGAGGCGUUAUUUUCAUUGAAGCCAUCUUCUGUUGGUACCUCAUGGAGUUACAGCUCAAAUGAAAUAGUUGCCGCAGCUAUGGUUGCUGCACAUAUUUCUGAAUUAUUUAGACGGUCAAAAGCUUGCAUGCGUGCUCUGUCUGUUUUGAUGCGUUGCAAAUGGGAUGAUGAAAUUCACUCUAGGGCAUCGUCAUUGUACAAUCUCAUAGAUAUUCACAGCAAAGCGGUUGCAUCCAUAGUUAACAAGGCAGAGCCAUUGGGAGCAACCUUAAUUUGUACCCCUAUUUGUAAAGAACCAUAUGAUAGUAGUAAAAGACAAAAUCAGUUUGAAAAUAAUAGCCACCUUGACCCUGGGCAGACAUCUACUUCAACUUCUGCAUUCCGCUCAGAACUCGGUCAAAAAUGUGAUAGAACUUCAUAUUCAAAUGAAGCAUCAGGAUGUAGUACCUUUGGAAAAGGAGCCACAAGUCUUGCAUUUGAUGCUUCUGAUCUAGCCAACUUCCUAACUAUGGACAGGCAUAUAGGAUUCAAUUGCAGUGCCCAAAUUUUUCUGAGAUCCAGGCUCGCAGAGAAGCAAGAGUUAUGUUUCUCUGUAGUAUCGCUACUAUGGCAGAAGUUGAUUGUAUAUCCUGAGACUCAUCCUUGUGCAGAAAGCACAUCUGCUCAACAGGGGUGGAGACAGAGCAAUGCACUGACUCCAGAAGAGUUUAUCUUUAGUCCACUAGCGAUAGAUGAAAGGCAUCACCAAAUAGCUUACACAACACAUAAGUAG